CCGAAACGUGGGUCGGACGGAGGUGGACGCAUUUGGAAAUCGGCGCGGUCGAGUUGACGCCGGCCGAUGGAGUCAGGAGCAAAGGGCGGGUAUGCGGCACACACGGCGUCCGAAGCACCCUCCCCUGUAAAAGUAACUCGGCCAAGGAAAAAGCACGACGACGACGUGGACCAUCGGUAUACCAGCCGCAAACGUGGCAGACGCGAGAAGGAUUUGGACGGUGGUCAUCACUCGCUUACAAAGUAUUUGGACGAACCCCGCGAACACCAUCGUUCAUCUGUGGGAGAAAAAGCUGAAUCUACGUCAAAUGGGAAUGUGUCAGCCGCAGGAAUCGGCCCGUCUGUCCCACCUGGUGCUGUGUUGUUCCUGACCCAUCCUGGGCGCGACGAAAUCGCCAGCGGCAAGUCGCUGCUCGACUUGAUGCGACGAUCCAGCCGACUAAAGUCGAAACGACGAGACGAUCCUCGAAUGGAAGAAGCCUACUUUGCCGUUCAUGAUACUGUUUUGGUCCCUCAGGGCCUGGUGGACAAAAUCGACGCCAAGCUGAAGGACGACUUUCUCGCCAAAGUUGUGGCCGACCACACAAACAACUGGAUCCAAAUGAGCAACUUUGUGAACAAUCGCGAAUUUAUGCAGAAUCUCGUACAAGUCGUCCAGCCACGUUACCCAUGUCCCUACCCAACUCUCUUGGACGAAGUCCUCAUUUCGUUCCUAUUCCAGCGCCCCGAGUACGCUGACACGUUACUCAAGCCACUUAUUCAACGUCUCUCACACAGCAAUGAGCCCGUUGCAGCCGACAAGCACUCUCUCGUCCUUGCGAUGCAACGGCACAUUGCCCAGCUCAAGCGCAAUCACGGCCACGGCGACAUGGCAGCGCUAUCGACGCGGCAUCAAAUUGCGACAUUGGCCAUCAUGAAGACGCUCUUUGAAGGAAACGACAACCUGCUCUUGCUUCCGUGGAUCCUUACCUGUCUGCACGCGUGCACGGACUCGUUGCUGCAUGUUAUUGUAGCCAAAGUGACCAAUUCGAUCGGGUGCUUGGCGCUUCUCCAGCCUGACCCGCACAACUUGCAAUGGCUGCGCAUGUGGCAGCAAGAACACUGGGACGUUCCGCAUGCCGACGUGCAACUGGAAGGGUUGGUGCGACUGGAACGAAAGCAGCUCCACGACGCCCCUGCCGACCGUUCCUGUGGGUCGUUCCACCGUGCCGUCGUUCGUGAAGCGCUCAACCAGUUUGGCAAUCAACCGCAGAACCGAUUUCAUUUGUUUGGCGAAGCGUUUGACGCGUUUUUCGACCGUGCGACGGCCAUGGACAGCUUUCCGCUCUUGGAAGACACCGUGCAGAAAUACCCACCACCGUACCCCAACGACACUUCUUACACUCAUCCCGUGGUUGCCAUGAUUGGCCUCUUCAAGCAGACAGUUCCGGUCGGGAGCCCGUGGUUCGUCGGCCAUUUGUGGCCGUUCGUUUUGCAACGUUAUUGCGACGUGGCUACCCUUCGCACCAUCUUCCAAGAGCAUGUGUUGCCGCUAGUGUUUGGCACCGCUGACACUGGGAGUCGGGACCCAAUGCUGGUAGGCAUGGAACCACUGGUGACGUUUCUGGACGCAGUCCACACUGUCAGCAUAUCGACCGCAAGAGAAGUGUUUCAGGUGUGGGCUCAAGUGUGGAUGGAUUCUUCGUUUGAUGUCCCCACUCCCGUUCUCCUGACGCUGCUUUGUGUGGCGUUGGGUCUGCAGCACGGACACUGGACGACCUUGGCUGGUGCAGCCGUUGUCGACGAAUUCUGCAAAUUUACAAGUGCCAUCGGCCAUGCAUUCUUUGCGUCCCUCAUGGCGCACACGCCGGCGCCUAAUUUGUCGCCGAUCUCGUGGCUUUUGCGAGCUGUCCUCUUGAGCAAAGGUGGGUUGUCACCGAAUCUCGUCGUACCCCUAUGCCAACAAGUUUUGGUUCAUUUGCCGGAGAAGCCGUCUGUGCAAUGGAAUGCGAUGUUCCAACGGGUCCUCGCGAUGGCCCUAGUGGUUGAGGAGGGCUCACCGGCUGCAGCAGACUCUGCAACGUUUUACGACUCAGAAACCAGCACUGUUGUACCGUUCCCUCGGCUUACGCCUUCCAUCCAUCAAACCACGGACCCCGUCAUUGUGUCCCGCCUCCAGGUCUUGACUGCGUUGGUCCUCGACGACUGCCACCCAACGGCCGCGCAAUUUAUCCGUCGCCAACUUCUGUCGGACUCUUCCUUUCAAGCGCUUCUCGACUUGGCUUCAUCCACCUGCCGCGACGUCGCGAGUCACACGCUGACGCUUCUGUUGGAGCUCGUCCCACCCGCCUCCGAAGACAUCGGUGUGUCGCCUUUCAGUCAGGAAUUCGUCGUCGAAGCUCUUGCGCGGUUGGUGAGCUCCCCGCAACAAGAUGUGUGCAAAGGGGCCCUUUCAGUCCUGGAUCGAUUGGCAGCUCAGCACCCCGACCUGCUGCCACUUCAGCUCCUGGGGCAUUGUGUUAGUAGCUCCGUCAUCGACGUAUCAACCAUCGUCCACCUCACAAACGUCACCAAGCAAAGUAUGUCUCGAAUGGCCGUUGAAGCCCGUUGCUGGCGAGAUGUGGUCCAGUUCAUCGACCGCCAAUUCCUGCUCUGCAUGGUUGGGCAAUGGCAAGAUGCGUCGCCUCAACACGUCGCCCUCCUGAUGCUGCGGCAUAUGUGCCACGCUGACCUCCGCCCUGAAUGGUCCAAGUUGAUCUGCCACGGAAUCCGAACGAUGGAGACGUCGACCGAGCCACUGUGCCUCAUCCAGCUCGACAUUGUGCUCUGGAUAGUGUCGCACGAUUCAGACCACCGCUUUCGACCGGACUUUGAGCUCGCGAACGCCCACCAACAAGUCGAACGGCUGCUAAUACUCCCGCGGUGGCAGGUGCCGUCGGUCAUAACGAUGGCGCGCCAAGCAUUGAAAGGUUUAGAAGCCUACAUGGCUGUAGAGAGCGCCGCGCAAGUUGCGGCGGUCAGGGGUUGACAAGUGGCCCGAAAUAUAAUUCAAUCUAUACAAUGGUUUUGUAUA